UCAAGAAACAAUAACCUCUCAUUUAUACAUAUUUUUGCAUGGCCAAACUAUUUUAUAACUCAAAAAAAAAAGUACAAAAAUACUCAAUAUGGUAGUGGAAAUGGAGGUGAAUAAUGGAGAAAAUACUAAUAAUAAUUGGGUACCAAUUAUGAAGAAAUUACACAUAAAUGUUAUUGGUGAAAAGAUGAAAAAAAUCCCAAGAUUAACAUGUAGAACAAUUUGGAGAAUUGGAAAAGAAGAUCCAAGAAGGGCAAUUCACUCACUAAAAGUUGGAAUUUCAUUAACAUUGGUUUCAUUGUUGUAUUUGAUGGAGCCAUUGUUCAAAGGAUUUGGAAGUAACGCUAUUUGGGCUGUCAUGACUGUGGUUGUUGUUCUCGAAUUCACCGCAGGGGCAACAUUGUGUAAAGGGCUAAAUAGAGGAUUGGGAACACUAUUAGCAGGAUCAUUGGCAUUUUUGAUUGAAUAUGUUGCCACAAAAACUGGCCAUGUAUUUAGAGCUAUAUUUAUUGGAGCUGCACUUUUUUUUAUUGGUGCUACAGCCACGUAUAUGAGAUUUAUUCCUUACAUAAAGAAAAACUAUGAUUAUGGCGUAGUGAUAUUCCUCUUGACUUUCAACUUGAUUACUGUAUCGAGCUAUCGUGUUGAUAACGUGUUAAAAAUCGCGCACGAACGUUUUUAUACCAUAGCUAUUGGUUGUGGUAUUUGUCUCCUCAUGAGUCUAUUGAUAUUUCCAAAUUGGUCAGGUGAAGACCUUCAUAAUUUCACUGCUGCUAAGUUUGAAGGCUUAGCAAAAUCAAUUGAAGCUUGUGUUAAUGAGUAUUUUAGUGAUGAUGAACAACAAAAAGCCAAAGAAAAUUCUUCAGAUUUGGAGGAUCCUAUUUACAAUGGUUACAAGACUGUAUUGGAUUCAAAAUCAUUUGAUGAGACCUUGGCAUUAUAUGCAAGUUGGGAGCCAAGACAUUCAAGACAUUGUUAUAGGUUUCCAUGGCAACAAUAUGUUAAAUUGGGAAAUGUUCUACGCCAUUUUGGAUAUACAAUUGUGGCUCUUCAUGGUUGUCUUCAAACUGAAAUUCAGACUCCUCGAUCGGUUCGUGCAAUGUUCAAAGAUCCAUGCAUAAGACUCUCAGGAGAAGUAGCAAAAGCUCUAAAGGAAUUAGGAGAUAGCAUAAGAUAUCGUAGACAUUGUUCACCUGAAAUUCUAUCUGAUCAUCUUCAUGAAGCAUUACAAGACCUAAACAAAGCAAUAAAAUCCCAACCAAAACUCUUCAUUGGUUCAAAAAACAACACAAACAAGCUAACCCUAGCGACUGUCGUUUCAAAAGGACAGUCUGGUGCACUAAACUCUCGUAGGGUUUCCUUGUCAAGUGUUAAGACGGACACGUCCGCGUUGCUUGAUUGGAAAUCCAAAUUAAGAGGUGGUAGUAGUACUACUACUAAUGAAAAUUCAAAAUUGAGGCCAACAUUGAGUAAAAUUGCUAUAACAAGUCUUGAAUUUUCAGAGGCAUUGCCAUUUGCUGCUUUUGCUUCUUUGUUAGUUGAAAUUGUGGCAAGACUUGAUCUUGUUAUUGAACAAGUUGAAGAAUUGGGAAGAAUUGCACAUUUCAAAGAGUAUAAUGAUGAUGAUAAUGAUGAACAUGUUGUUGUGGAAAUUGAUAAAAAAAAUUCAAGGCCUUUACCAAAUCAAUUGCCAACUCAAGAUGCAGGAGAUUAAUUAAUUAAUUGCCAUAAUUAGGGGGAAAAUUGUAAUGUUCAUGGUUGAUCUAUUGAUUAGUGAAAUGCACUAAUUAUUAUUAAGAUA